AUGGUGGGGCUCUCGGCGUCGGAGCUGCAGGCCGAGACGCUGUUUCCUGGCGACACGGUCGAGUACUUCUCCAUGGCCUUCGUGGCUGGAGACCCGCGCGGCCACCGCGUGGCGAAAGUUCUGCGCAUCGACCGCAAGGACGACGAGUUCCCGAUCCGCGUGGACACGCAGGAGAUGCUGCCGCUGACCAUCAUGUUGAAGCGGAAGCGCGACCGGAACGACGUGGACAUUUCCUCGGAUGAUGCAAAGUGGCGGAAGCUGCGGACGUUUAGGCUAGUGGAUGGAGAGGUGGAGGCCGAGACGCGAGCAGAUCGACUGAAUGCGGGCUUGAAGAAGAGUCUGGAGGAUGCGAUGAAGACGACCAAGAAGAUGCUGGCCAAGGAGAAGGCUGACAAGGCCAAUGCCGGAAGCAAGAAAAUCAUGAGUAGCUUCUUCACGAGUUCAACUCCGGCUGACGAGACGAGGAGUAGGAAAUAUUCGAUUGAGAAACAGGCGAUGCCGGAACGUAAGAAGAAGAAGAAGAGAAAAUCACUGACGCCGAGAGAUAACGCGGACCACCACUCGAGCAGCCGGUCUCACGAAAAGGGCGAGCUGAAGAAGAAGCAUGGUGGAGAGAAGGCGUCGCCUAACAGCCGUCAUGAUGGACGUCCUGAGCAGAAAUUCAAGUACGACAAACCUGAGCCUACAAAGCAUUCGUCACUCAAGAGGAAA